GCCCCACUGCGCUGUGGGAUAGUGGCACUAUAAAGUAUAUCCUCUCUCGGCGAAAGAUAAGAAGCCCGAGACAGGAGGGGGAUGAAGAUGGCGGACGCCAAGCAGAAGCGGAAUGAACAGUUAAAGCGAUGGCUUGGCUCGGAAACGGACCAGGAGCCUCCUGUUUUGAAAAAGAAAAAGACGAAGGUGAAGUUCGAUGAUGGCGCCGUGUUUCUGGCCGCCUGUUCGAGCGGCGAUACCGAGGAGGUGCUCCGAAUGCUUGACCGGGGCGCUGACAUCAACUACGCCAAUGUAGACGGUCUCACCGCCCUCCACCAGGCAUGCAUAGAUGACAAUGUCGACAUGGUGACUUUCCUGGUGGAGCAUGGAGCCUGCAUCAACCAGCCUGAUAACGAGGGCUGGAUCCCCCUCCACGCCGCAGCUUCCUGUGGAUACCUAGACAUAGCAGAGUAUCUCAUCAGCCAGGGUGCCAGUGUAGGAGUUGUAAACAGUGAGGGCGAGACGCCUUUGGACAUUGCAGAAGAAGAGGCAAUGGAGGAGCUCCUGCAGAAUGAGAUCAACCGGCAAGGGGUUGAUAUCGAGGCAGCCCGGAAAGAGGAGGAGCGCAUCAUGCUGAGGGAUGCCCGGCAGUGGCUCAACAGCGGCCAGAUCCAAGACGUGCGGCAUACAAAAUCUGGAGGAACGGCGCUUCAUGUAGCCGCCGCAAAGGGAUACGUCGAGGUUUUAAAGCUUUUAAUCCAAGCAGGGUAUGAUGUAAAUAUUAAGGACUAUGAUGGCUGGACUCCUCUACAUGCAGCAGCACACUGGGGCAAAGAAGAGGCCUGUAGGAUACUGGUUGAGAAUCUAUGUGACAUGGACAUCAUGAAUAAAAUGGGUCAGACUGCUUUUGAUGUAGCAGAUGAAGACGUUCUGGGAUACUUAGAAGAACUACAGAAGAAACAAAAUCUGCUGAGGAGUGAGAAGAAAGAUGUUAAGAAAUCUCCUCUGAUUGAAACAACCACCACUGGGGACAACAAUCAAUCACUGAAGCCUAUCAAGAGCAAAGAAACGCUGCUUCUGGAGCCCGAGAAGAGCGCUCCUCGCAUCGAGACCUUAGAGCCAGAGAAAGUGGAUGAAGAAGAGGAGGGUAAGAAGGAUGAAUCAAGCUGCUCUAGUGAAGAAGAGGAGGAAGAAGAUUCAGAAUCAGAGACUGAAGCAGCAGAAAAGAGCAAGCCCUCAGCAGCAGUGAGCAACAGCACAACGCCAACCAGCGUCACGGUGUCUUCUCCAACUAGCCCAACUAACCAGGUGACGACCCCCACUUCACCAGUUAAAAAGGUCACUCAGCCUGCUGGAAAGGUCUCAACUAAAGUGGAGGAGGAGAGGAAGGAUGAGUCUCCAGCGUCCUGGCGUUUGGGUUUGAGGAAGACGGGCAGCUAUGGAGCGCUAGCCGAGAUCACUGCCACCAAGGAGGCGCAGAGGGAGAAGGAUACCACUGGGGUGAUGCGUUCAGCCUCGAGCCCUCGCCUCUCCACAUCUCUGGACAACAAAGACAAGGAGAAGGAAAAGGAUAAAGGAACCCGGCUUGCCUAUGUGGCUCCAACCAUUCCCAGGAGACUGGCCAGUACUUCGGACAUUGACGAGAAGGAAAACAGGGACUCUACUGCUCUGAUACGUAGCGGCUCCUACACCCGGCGACGCUGGGAUGACGACCUGAAGAACAGUGAAGGAAGUGCCCCCACCAUCCGAACCCCCAGCUACCAGCGCAGCACUUCCCAUACGCUAGCGCUAGGGCGGAGCGGCAGCACGCGGGACGUGCCAGCCAAGUCUUCGUCAACCUCCAACUUGGACCCUAACACCUGUAAUACUAAACCCUGGCAGCCACCCACCUCCCACUACCCGUCUUACAGCAUUUACCGCAGCGGCUCAUUUGGCAGACGGCACGAGGACUUGGGCUCCUCGACCACUUCCUCCUCCACGACCACCUCCACCUCCUCAUCUGUUACCUCGCCCACGGGCCAUCGUGGCCUGUACUCAAGCCUGGGCUCCUCUUCCACUCGCACUGGCUCCACCAGUCUCACCAGCAGGUACUGGUCAGAGGAGAGUGCAGAGAGGGAGAAGGAGAAGGAGUCGGCUGCUGUCGUCCCCACUAUAAACACUGGCUCUACUACGACCACCACGUCUACCACUACCACCACUACCACUGGCACUGGCACCGAAAGACGCAGGUCAUACUUGACUCCAAAGCGAGAUGAGGAGUCGGAGUCUCAGAGGAAAGCUCGCUCCAGACAGGCUCGACAGUCAAGGAGGUCCACCCAGGGUGUGACUCUGACUGAUUUACAAGAGGCUGAGAAAACAAUCGGCAGGAGUCGUACCACAAAGACUCGGGAGGAGGAGAAAGAGGAGAAGGAGAAGCAGGACAAGGAAAAGCAAGAGGAGAAGAAGGAGACUGAGACAAAGGACGAUGAUUACCGAUAUAAGUACCGCAGCUAUGAUGAGCGGUCAAGGCCUUCAUCUUCUUCCACCUCCACCAUUUCCUCAGUCAGCACUGCCUCUACCCCUUCCUACUCUAGCACCAUGUCCUCCAGUUCUAGCUCCCUCAACAGGCCUAACAGUCUGACGGGGAUAACCUCCUCCUAUAGCCGUUCCUCCAGAGAUACAGAAAAGGAAGUGGACAAGAAGGAGGAGGAAAAGGAGGGAGAGGACAAGUCUCAGCCCCGCUCCAUACGGGAUCGCAGGCGGCCCCGCGAAAAGAGACGCUCCACUGGGGUCUCCUUCUGGAGUCAGGAUGGUGAUGAAAAUGACCCCGAUCAACAGUCGGACUCAGAGGAGGGCAACGCCAAGGGAGAGCCACAGAGUGACCGAUUGUUCAGGAAUGAGAGCGCUUCAUCCUUAGAUCGUAAUGACACUCUUUUUACCCGUAGCUACGGUGAGAGUCGAAGGCCGUAUUCUAGCCGACUGGAUAAAGAUGACACCACUGACUACAAGAAGCUCUACGAGCAAACAUUAGCUGAGAACGAGAAGUUGAAGGCUCAGUUACGUGACACAGACCUGGAGCUGGCAGACUUGAAGUUACAACUAGAGAAGGCCACACAGAGGCAGGAACGCUACGCUGACAGAUCACAGCUUGAGAUGGAGAAAAGGGUAACAAGCAGGCCCCAAUAUCAUCUGGGUGGUGGAAAGAAGAGCUCUAGAAAGGAAGAUUUCUGAGAUGGAGGAGGAACUUAAGAUGCUCCCAGACUUGAAAGCAGACAACCAGAGACUAAAGGACGAGAACGGAGCGCUCAUUCGAGUCAUUAGCAAGCUUUCCAAGUAGAACAGACCCCACCCGCCCCAUCUUCUGCUCCCCCCCCCCUAGUCCCCCAUGGCAGUGACUAAUGGAAUUGCACAUUUAGAUAUUAAUUGCAACAGACAUCAGAGACAAGACUCCCGUUUUCUUUCUUUCUUUUUUUUUUUUCUUCUCCCAUUGUUUUUCUCCCGACUCUUAAUCGCCCUUUUGCUCCUUCACCACUGCAGCAUCCACCCAUCAUGUUCAUCAAUCCCUCCCCUCCCCAUGCACCUCCUCGAAUUGAACCCACCAGAUUGUAUGGCUGCUGUCUUGAUAGAACCACUGAGUUUACAGAGCAAAAGGAAGAAGGGUGCGUGUGUGUUUUGUGUGUGAGAGAUCAGCAUGUAAAAGCAUUGUGGGCGGGGAAGCCUGAAAACUAUUUAACCAGUAAGCCUUAGUUGUACAUAAAGAGAAAAAGAAACACACUUGCAUCGGUCUCUUCUGUCUCGCUCCUCCUCCUCCCACUCCCACUCUGGGCUAUCUCUGAAGAACAGAUAUUAUCCACCACCUGAUUUUAUUUGUGCCACAAUCUCUUAUUUGAUGUAACAUUUCUUCCUGUGUACGUGUUGUGUGCUGUGCAGUCCUUCCACUUCCCCUCGAAACCCUCAAAGUGCCACUUCUGCCUAUUAUCAGCUCCUUGUGGCCCCAUCAUUUUUUCUUUUUCUUUAUUUACCACCCCCCCCUCUCCCAUUUCCACACACAGAUCACUAAUGCACACACACU